CUCUUCUUCUUUUUCCUCCCCUGCACCGAACAAAACCCAACCACCACCGACAGCCCUCCCUUGAAGAAAAACUGAGAAAAUCCCGGAUCUGCUCUGUUCCUUCCUUCCUUCCGUCGAGCUACUCUUGUUGUGUGGGUGUGAUUUUUGGUUUUUUUGAUUUUCCCCUACACUGCCGCCGGCUUCCCCUAGCUUGCAGCUCCGGUUUUUGCUACUAAAUUCUGGAAAUGAAGUCAAGGACGGGGAAAAACGAGGGGAGUGACGCGUUAAAAGGCUAGCCAUUCUGUAAAUUUGAUAUAGAUUUUAGAUAUAGAUUAUGAUAUUGUAAGUUAGAUUUUAAUUGGAGAUUUUAUAAAUUCUUUUAAUGAAUUAUUAGUUUACAAGAGAUUUGACCUUGAGAUUUUGAGUUUAAGUCAUAUUGGACAUAGAAUUAUUUUGAAAUAUAUGGUUUAAGCAAAUGCAUUGUCUUAAGUUGACAGUCAAAAACAAAGCAUGCCCAGAAGCAUCCAUAUGUGAGAGUUACAUAAUGUCUGAGCUUAGCCAUGAAGAAGGAUUAGCACCAUAUUAUCAUGACGAUGAUCCUCCUAUUCCUCACCCAAUAAAUAUUUAUGAGAUAAGUUAUGAACCUAUGCAGCAUUAUGAUGGAACACUUGUUGAAGUACAUGAAGAAGUUGAUGAUAGGGAAAAGAUUGGAAAAGAGGAUGAUGAGGGGGAGUGGGAAGAUUUUGAAACAUCUGAUGAAGAAAACAUAGAAGCUUUUAUUUCUAAAAAUGACUGUAGCGAUGAGUAGGCAAAUUUGUUGUCAAAACUAGUUGUUAUUAAAUUAAGUUUAUAUUU